GUCUGCGUAAAGAGUCCCCGCCAAUGCCGAAUCAACACGAGGCUAUCAGCUGAUUUCCGAAGCGUGGCAACGGCCAGUGACAGCCUAAAGCUUUUUUCGAGCGUCCCUCGUCGGCCUCGUUUACACUCGGUGCGACGCAACCGCGUCAGUGGUAGCGCACGUCAGUAGUCGCGUGUCGUCGCAUGCACGCGAUAUGCAAUAAGGUGGGGUGCAGCAAGAGUGCAUUCGAUCGGGAAUCCUUUCGUGGGAGCAAAAGAAGAAGACGAAAAAUGAAACCGCAGGUCGAGACGAGACCAGCAUCGUUCAAGGGAGUUGAUGGUGAACUAUCCACAAGGAGAGCGGUAUUAACCUUCGGGCUAAUUUUUGUGGUCUCAUUGACUGCGUUGUUUUACGUGUACACGAGCUUCCCAGAAUUAGACGAAGAUGAGAAGCAGCACAUGAAACUACCGUUCAAUAUAGAGGAUGCCAAGGAUCUAGGCAAAUUACUAGGACGAUACAAGGACCUGUACUAUUUCCAAGUGCUGGCUGGGCUCUUCAUCACUUACAUCUUCCUGCAAACGUUCGCCAUCCCUGGCUCCAUCUUUCUCUCGAUCUUGUCUGGGUUCCUGUUCCCGUUCUACACCGCGCUGAUACUCGUGUGCGCGUGCAGCGCGAUAGGCGCCUCGCUGUGCUACUUGCUGUCAUCGUUACUGGGCAGGCGGUUGCUGUACCAGUUCUUCCCGGAGAAGGCGAACGAAUGGACCGUUAUCGUGACCAAGCAUCGCGACAAUUUACUGUGCUACAUGCUGUUCCUCCGAAUUACACCGAUUCUGCCAAACUGGUUCAUCAAUUUGGCCAGUCCAGUGAUCGGCGUGCCGAUAGUGCCGUUCGCCGUCGGCACUUUCUUCGGCGUCGCGCCCCCGUCCUUCGUCGCCAUACAGGCGGGUCAGACGUUGCACAAGCUCACGUCGUCGAGUGACGCGUGGUCGUGGUACAGUGUAGUCGCACUGUGCAUAUUCGCGCUGCUCUCCCUGGUACCUGUGCUCUACAAGCAGAAGCUCAAGCAGAAGUUCGAGUAAACGACAGUGGGGGCCACCUUAGGACGACAUUCCCGGAUCACGCGAGGAGAGGAGCUUUCCGACUGCGAGGCGCCGUGAAUACCCUGUAGAUAAACAUCUUAGGACGUUUGAGGAAGCUGCGAGAACUAUGAGUAAGACCCAAAAAGACAAAAAGCCGCCAAAGUCUGUUCUUUCUCGCGCCACGUGCGAAAUUCUUUUUGCAUUUAGAUAGAUUGUACGAGAAGAUGAAGCGUAAUGCGAAUUUCCACGGGCACAAUUUGCGCAUAACUUAUUUAUUGUCACAAUAAUUUAUUUUUACGCGUGUAUAUCCUCAGCUAGAUUGCGGACGCUGUUUAAAAGGUACAACAUACAAAAGGCAAACGUUGCAACUCCUUUUAUUAUGACUGUUACAAACGUGUUUAUAUUUUAGGCAAUAUUACAUACGCCGGAACGAAAAUGAUCUCGGAUAAUUCCGUUGAUAGAUUCAGGUAAACUUUUUAUUUCAUGCAUCUUUGUAACAGAAAAAUAAUACUGCAUUGGAAAUUUGAAUAUACAAGGGACACGGUGUGUGUGUGUGUGUGUGUGUGUUAACAGUGCGAGUGUAUAUCAAUGUUCGAGAUGAAAGAAAUAAAAACGAACAUGCAG